UUUAAGAAGGGUAGGGUCAAUGUGAAGCCUAUUGUGAUGAAGAAGAACAACAAUCAAGCCAACGUUGAUCACGUGACUGGUGACAAGAUCCCAAAAAGCUUCGUCUUUUCGAGGACCAAGCUCCCCGGCUCUGUCAAACAGCUUCAGAUGGAUUUGAGGAAGCUCAUGCUUCCCUACACUGCUCUCAGUCUUAAGGAGAAGAAGAGGAACACUUUAAGAGACUUUUUGAAUGUAUCAGGACCGAUGGGUGUUACUCAUUUCCUUAUGCUGAAGAAAACAGCCUCUGCUUUGUCUCUAAGAGUAGCGAGAUCACCUCAGGGUCCUACUCUGACGUUCAAGAUUCAUCAGUAUUCGUUAGCUUCGGAUAUAGCUCAGUCUCAGCUUCGGCCUAGAUGUCCUCCUGAUCUUUUCAAAAAAACCCCUUUGAUUGUACUUUAUGGAUUUGACCCUCAGGAGCCGCAUCUGUUGCUAGCUACCAAAAUGUUUCAGAAAAUAUUCCCAGAUCUUGAUGUCAAGACAAUCAAGCUCUCCACGUGUCAGAGAUUAGUACUCAUGAACUACAACAAAGACACAAAACUCAUUGAUUUCCGGCAUUAUUCCCUAAGGCUUCAGCCUGUAGGAGUGUCUCGAAGGCUCAGGAAGUUUGUGGAGAAGCAUGAGGUUCCUGAUCUUAGGAAUCUUCAGGAUGUUAGUGACUUUCUCACCAAGGCUGGGUAUGGAUUAGAGAGCGAAGGAGAUGAGGAAGCGGCGACGGUGACACUGUCAUCUGAUCUACGCAGAGUGAACAGGGGGUCCACAAAGAGUGCGGUGAAGCUGCAAGAGAUUGGACCGAGGAUGACUAUGCAGCUAGUUAAAGUGGAGGAAGGGUUGUGUUCGGGAGAAAUCAUGUUUGAUGAAUCUGAAAAUGUGGAUGAAACUACAGCCAAGAAGACGCAAAAUGAAGAUGAAGAUGAAGAGGGUGAGGAAGGUAGUGAAGAAGAAGGUGAGGAGGGUAAUGAAGAAGACAUGGAUGAAGAUGAUGUUGAAGAUUAAGAGACUUGAGAUAUAGCAAGUUUUGUUCUAUUAUAAUUGUGUGUUAUUAGUCACUCCUCUAUAACUAUGUGUCUUUAGAUGAGACUUUGAGUUAAAGCAAGUUUUCUUCUUUGAAUCUCUUAAA